GUUCUAAACACUGUCACGCGUCGUGUCCGGUGGAUUCGUUGCGACCUGUUCGCUGCUGCUGCUGCUGUCGGAACUCCGGUGUCUCGUCCCUCGCCCUCCUCGGAUCACCGGCUGCGUGUGUGUGUGUGUGCGUGUGUGUUCUGGUUCUCUGAACAUGUCGGCGGCUCCUCCAGCCUUCGGCAGCUGCCAGGAGAGGAGACUCUUCCCGCUCCAUCACGCGCCGGACCGGCUGGGAGUCCUCCAAGCGUCGCGACGGGCGGCGCCGCACGUGGGCCCUGGCUGCUAUGACAACCACGAGUAUGGCACCAUGCUUCAUGACUCACAGAGGACACCGGGGAGCAAGAAAGGAUAUGUUCUCUCUGCGAGGACCGCAGCACGAUUUCCACCUUGCAGCCAGACUGUGAACCCUUCGCCUCAGCAGUACCAGCAGGAUCAGAGCCGGUCCAGAAUCGCCCCUCCUGCAAAAAACCCUUUCAACUCAACCGCAGAAAGGUUCAAAACCCUGUCACGUACAGCGGAGGACAGUCCAGGCCCCGGAACCUAUGCCCAGGAUGCGGUGACGAACAGGAAGGUGAGCUGGCCGAUGUGCUUCGGGAGCCCGGACUGGUCCAGGCUGCCUCAGCCGGAAAAGAAGUCGCUCAGGGUGAAGGUGGGUGACGCGGGGCCACAUCCUGAGAGUUCGACCAGAUGCCCCCUUAACAGUUGUGACUCCCAAAAAUGUAAAAUGCACAGGAAUUACUGCCUCGUGCUUGUAUGCGUUUACCAACCUUCUCCUAAGUUGUGGCGUUUAAUGACAGCUUCAACAUUAUUUCACGGCAAAGUUGACCUUUUGGAUAUAAAAAUGCCAUAAUUUCACCUUCGUCUGCUGCAAGACAUAAUAGCGAAUGGAUUUAGAGAUGCAAGUUAAUCGAUUUGUAAUCGACUACUAAAUUUACUAAGUCAACUAUUUCGAUAAUCGAUUUAUCAGUUCAAGUAGUUUUCAAAAUUCUAUGAUUUCAGCUUCUGAAAAUGUUAAUAUUUUCUGGUUUCUUUGCUCCUCUAUGACAGUAAACUAAAUAU